AAAAAAAGAAGAAGAAGAUGUCGAAUUAAAGAAGGACCUUGGAGUUUGGGUUGGAGUCCCGUUGGAGCAUUGGAGAUGGUAUUUAGAUGGACGACUCCAGCCCUAGUUAAACGCCCCAUUACGACUCCACAGUCACACGCCCCCAGACCAGACCUGAGGCGGAGGAGAGAGAAAGAAACCACACGAGUGCGCCUCCGAUACACGCAUCGGGCUCUCUCCCUCCAAUCGACAACGGCAGAGCGGAUGGCUGUCGGUGGCUGCACUUUCUCGUCGGACGACAUCGUGGUGAAGUCGCCGACGGACAGGCGGCUUUACAGGUACGUACAGCUCCAGAACGGCCUCUGUGCUUUGCUAGUUCACGAUCCGGAGAUUUACCCCGACGGGCCGGUAGAACCUUCGAAGACUAACGGAGAGGACGGAGAGGAUCAAGACGACGACGAAGAACUAGAGGAGGAGGAGGAUGACGAUGAUGACGACGACGAUGAUGAUGAUGAUGAUGACGAGGACGACGACGACGACGAAGAUGAAGGUGAAGAAGAGGAAGAAGAAGAGAGUGAAGGAGAUGGCGGUGAGGCGAAAGCCAAGGGAAAGAGAGACGCGUCUCAAUCUAAGCAGGCGGCAGCGGCAAUGUGUGUGGGAAUGGGCAGCUUCUCUGAUCCUUUUGAGGCACAGGGAAUGGCGCAUUUUCUAGAACACAUGCUUUUUAUGGGGAGUACUGAUUUUCCAGAUGAAAAUGAGUAUGACAGAUAUUUGUCCAAGCAUGGAGGUUCGUCAAAUGCAUACACUGAAGCUGAGCAUACCUGCUACCAUUUUGACGUUAAACGGGAGUUUCUGAAGGGUGCCUUGAUAAGGUUUUCUCAGUUUUUUAUUUCACCUUUAGUGAAAGCUGAAGCCAUGGAAAGGGAGGUUCUAGCUGUGGAUUCAGAAUUUAAUCAGGUUCUGCAAAAUGAUUCUUGCCGUCUUCAACAGCUACAGUGCCAUACAUCAGCACCUGACCAUGCCUUCAACCGAUUCUUUUGGGGGAAUAAGAAAAGCCUAGUUGAUGCUAUGAAGAAAGGAAUUAAUCUGCGGGAGCAAAUUCUGAGAUUAUACGGGGAUAACUACCAUGGGGGUUUGAUGAAGCUAGUUGUGAUUGGGGGAGAGACUCUAGAUGUACUUGAGAGUUGGGUUCUCGAAUUAUUUAGCAAUGUCAAAAAAGGUCCUCCCCUAAAGCAAGAGGCUAGGACAGAAGUUCCUAUUUGGAAAGCUGGUAAACUCUACAGGUUAGAGGCAGUGAAAGAUGUUCAUAUCCUCAAUUUGUCGUGGACAUUGCCCUGUCUUCGAAAGGAUUAUCUGAAAAAAUCAGAAGAUUACCUAGCUCACCUCAUUGGGCACGAGGGCAAAGGGAGCUUGCUUUUUUUUCUAAAAGCUAAGGGAUGGGCAACUUCUAUGUGCGCUGGUGUUGGCGAUGAAGGAAUGCACCGAUCUUUGAUUGCCUAUAUUUUUGGGAUGUCUAUACACCUCACUGACUUGGGCUUGGAAAAGAUCUUUGAAAUCAUUGGCUACGUUUAUCAAUACCUUAAAUUAUUGCGUCAAGUUUCUCCUCAAGAAUGGAUAUUUAAGGAACUCCAGGAUAUUGGAAAUAUGGAAUUUAGAUUUGCAGAGCAACAACCUCAGGAUGAUUAUGCUGCAGAACUUGCAGAGAAUCUGCAUGUUUAUCCUCCGGAACACAUUAUUUAUGGGGACUAUGCAUUCAAGGUUUGGGAUGAGGAGAUGAUCAAAAAUGUUUUGGGCUUCUUCUCUCCAGAAAACAUGAGGGUUGAUGUAGUAUCUAAGUCUUUGAACAAGUCCCAAGACUUUGAAUGUGAGCCAUGGUUUGGAUCAAGAUAUACGGAGGAAGAUAUUUCUCCAUUGCUGAUGGAAAUGUGGAGCAAUCCUUCAGAAGUUGACACGUCCUUACAUCUGCCUGCAAAGAAUGAGUUCAUUCCAUGUGAUUUUUCCAUCUGUGCUGAUAAGGCAUCUAUUGCGGAUGCAAAUUACCCACGAUGUAUACUUGACGAACCAUUAAUAAAGUUCUGGUACAAGCUUGAUCGGACUUUCAAACUUCCUCGUGCAAAUACAUAUUUCCGUAUUACAUUAAAAGGAGGAUACAAUGAUGUGAAGAAUUCUCUGUUGACUGAAUUAUUUAUUCACCUUCUAAAAGAUGAGCUGAAUGAGAUCAUAUAUCAGGCCAGCGUGGCAAAGUUAGAGACUUCUGUUUCUCUUUUUAGUGACAAGCUGGAGUUAAAGGUCUAUGGUUUCAAUCAUAAGCUUCCAAUUCUUUUAUCUAAAGUUUUGGCAGUUGCCAAAUCGUUUUCUCCAACUGAUGAUCGCUUCAAGGUUAUUAAAGAGGAUAUGGAGAGAACUUUAAGAAACACCAACAUGAAGCCUCUUAGUCAUGCGUCAUAUCUGAGACUGCAAGUCCUCUGUCAGAGUUUUUGGGAUGCAGAUGAGAAACUGGGCUUGCUAAACAAUUUGUCUCUUGCUGAUUUGAAGGCUUUUAUUCCUCAGCUUCUUUCACAGCUAUAUAUUGAGGGCCUUUGCCAUGGCAAUUUGUUGGAAGAAGAAGCAAUUCACAUAUCAUCUAUAUUUCGAAGUAACUUCUCUGUUCAACCACUCCCAGUUGACAUGAGGCACAAAGAGUACAUAAUGUGUCUUCCUCCUGGUGCUGACCUUGUUAGAGAUGUCGAAGUAAAGAACAAGCUGGAAACAAACUCUGUGCUUGAGCUUUAUUUUCAGAUUGAGCCUGAGGUUGGGCCAGUAAUAACGAAGUUGAAAGCCCUAUCAGAUCUGUUUGAUGAAAUUGUGGAUGAACCGCUUUUCAAUCAGCUUAGGACAAAAGAGCAGCUUGGCUAUGUAGUUGAAUGUAGCCCACGGGUAACAUACCGCAUUUUAGGGUUUUGUUUCCGUGUUCAAUCAUCCGAGUUUAACCCUGUCUAUUUGCAAGGGAGAAUUGAAAGCUUCAUAAAUGGCCUGAAAGAAUUGUUGGAUGGAAUUGAUGACGAAUCCUUCGAGAAUUACAAAAGUGGGUUAAUUGCGAAGUUGCUCGAGAAGGAUCCAUCUCUCCAAUAUGAGACGAACCGGUAUUGGGGUCAAAUCAUAGAUAAGAGGUACAUGUUUGACCUAUCUGAGAAGGAAGCAGAGGAACUCAGACACAUACAAAAGAAUGAUGUCGUUGACUGGUACAAUACUUAUUUGAGACAGUCAUCACCUAAGUGUCGAAGGCUUGCAAUUCGAGUAUGGGGUUGCAAUGCUGAUUGGAAAGAAGCCAACACGCAAGCACCAUCUGUGCAGGUUAUUGAAGAUCUCACAGCCUUCAAGAUGUCAUCUACGUUCUAUCCAAGCGUUUGCUGAAGAGAGCUCACUAGUGUAGAACAUGCGAUAAAUUAGUAUCUCCCAUAGUGGUCCUUCGAUCUGGUCAAAAGAACCAAGUAUACAUCUAUUUUUUUUGUUAUUGAUGUAUCAUUGACGAAGAUUAUUAUAAAUUGGCCAUUCUUUUCCUUGAGGUGCACUUGCUAAUUUUGGGAGUGGUGUUAUGUAACUUGGACAUUCAGAGACUCUGGGCAGACUCUCUGGAAAUAAUCAAGGUUCAUUUUUUGUUCUGAUUCAGAAA